AGGUAGGUGCCUUAAGGCACCGAAGCAUUGUCCGGCCCUCCUCGUCAUCAUCGACCAUGGGCGCCGCCGCGGCCGAUCUCGAGGCGCGUCAGCUCCGCAUCCUCCGUCGCGUCGAAGACCUUGAGCUCGCUGCCCAGCAGCACCGUAUUGGGGCGCUCUCUCUCUCCGACGCCGAAGCGGAGGUCGAGGCGGGGGACACCGAGGAGCGGCUCUCGGCCCUCCUGGCCGCGCGCGGCGUGCACGACUUCGCCUUCCGGCGUGUUCCAGCGGACUACUACGACCGCUCUCUCGAGGAGCGUCGCGACCUCCUCGCAGUCGAUUCAGUCGCCCAGCUUUGCAAGAGCAUAGUGAUGGUGAAUACCAAAGCUGCUGCAGAUGUAGUUGACUGCAGUAACCCAAAGAAUUCUAAAUAUUAUGUUGUUAUUGUUCAGUAUAUGGCACGGCUUAAUGCUGAAAACAUCAAGAACUUCCUGUAUACCCUAAAUGAGAGUCAGAUACCCAAAAAGAGAUUUAACAUGAGGCUCGCACCAGAAGAGGAGUCACUCAUGCUUACUGGGUUUGUGCACAAUGGUGUGACAUGCAUUGGAAUGAAAACAGCCAUACCGGUUAUCAUAGAUGAAGCCAUCACCAAGUUGGAUGAGGAUUUCUUCUGGCUAGGUGGUGGAGAAGUUGACCUCAAGCUCGGGAUGCGGACCUCAGAGUUCCUAAAUGCUUUCAAUCCAUUUGUGGUGAAGUGUAGUUAACGAGUGAUUACCAUACAGCUUAACAGAAGCUUCAGAUCCAUGUGGUUCUAUGCGGCCUUGAUUAACGCACUGCCAGGGAGGUACACUAGGCUUUUGCUUGGAUCUGGGGUUAGGAUGUCUGUCUUUUUUGGAGCAGCGUUUCCCUUCCAGUUGCUCUGCUCACAUUUUGUUACGUUAUUUACUGCUGAUUGUUGGUACUACCUCCGUUUCAGUUUACAAGUCCUACGCGUAUACCUAGGUUGCCAAUUUUAUCAUCUUCAUAUAAACUAUAUAACACAAAAAUU